UUCGAUUGCGGAGUUCUGUUUGUCCGGGUUCUGGGUGUUUUGGCGCGAGGAUCUUGGCUCCCGUCAUUAUUGCAGUACAGCAAGCAUGGCCCCUGUGUCCAGCGGAGGAAGCCAGCAGCACGACAUGGCUGACUCCGGGAGCUUUGCUGCAUCUCGCUCUCGUCGAGAAAAAACAGAGAAAAAGGGCCGUAAAGAAGCCUUAGAGAGACUGAGAAAAGCAAAAUCUGGUGAAAAAGUCAAAUAUGAGGUGGAAGAAAUGGCAAGCAUUUAUGAAGAGGUGGAUGAGGACUCCUACUCGAGGAUAGUCCGUGAACGCCAAGAUGAUGACUGGAUAGUGGAUGAUGAUGGGGCAGGUUAUGUGGAAGAUGGAAGAGAAAUUUUUGAUGAUGACCUUGAUGAAGAUGUACAUCUUGACAAAGGAAAGAAAAGCAAGAGUGCAGGUAAAGAAAAAGCUAAUGUGAAAAAGUCAUCUGUGUCCAAACCAAGUGAUAUCAAAGCAAUGUUUAUGGCCAGUGCUGGAAAAAAAACUACAGAUCAGAAAGCUGUAGACUUGUCAAAAGAUGAUCUAUUGGGCGACCUACUUCAAGAUCUGAAAUCACAGCCAGCACAACUCACACCACCACCAAUAAUCAUGCUGAAGAAGAAGAGACCUGCAGGGACACCUCUUAACCCUUUUUCUCUGCCUGCUGCAUCUCCGAGUUCCAUGGCUGCUCCAGCAGGUGUCAGAAAACCCCUUCCAGUGCGCAAGCGGGACUAUGAUCCUCCUAAAGUGGCCAGCUAUGCCUCCACAAAAAAAAUUGAGCUGAAGCAAGAACCUCACUGUAGUUCUGCAAGUACUGAUAAAAAUGGCGAUGUGGUGAAGUUGGAAGAAACUUCAAAAGCAGAUGGUGAUGGAAUGGUUGACUUUGAUGAUGGAGAUUUUGACGAACCCAUGGAGGAGGAGAAUUCAGAUAUAAAAGGUGACAUCAGCACAACUGUUAAGGUGGAGCCAGAUAUUAAAAAGGAGGUAAAAGAAGAAAUGGACAAAAAACCUUGUAUUGGUUCCACUUUUUACGGGGAAUCAAGCUGGGAUCGAAUGCCAGAUGAGGCUGAGACUUUUACAAAUGAAAUUCAAGUCGAUUCAAGUCUCCUUCCUUUAGUAACCAGUGAAGAUGGUGAUCAGGUCUUCAGAUUUUAUUGGCUAGAUGCUUAUGAGGACCAAUACAAUCAGCCAGGUGUUGUGUACUUAUUUGGGAAAGUCUGGAUCGAGUCUGCAGAAACAUAUGUCAGUUGCUGUGUAAGCGUAAAAAACAUUGAGCGCACAGUUUAUCUUCUGCCUCGUGAGACCAGAAUUCAGUUGCCAUCUGGAAAAGACAGUGGUGAUCCUGUGACAAUGAUGAAUGUUUACCAGGAGUUCAGUGAUAGCAUUGCAGAUAAAUUUAAGAUCAUGAAAUUCAAGUCCAAGAAAGUUGAAAAGAAUUAUGCUUUUGAGAUUCCAGAUGUCCCCACCAGCUCAGAGUAUCUUGAGGUUCGAUAUGCUGCAGACUUGCCCCAACUUCCUCAAGACCUAAAGGGAGAAACAUUUUCACAUGUCUUUGGAACAAAUACGUCAAGCUUGGAGCUUUUCUUACUUAGCCGGAAGAUAAAGGGGCCCAGCUGGCUGGAGAUAAAGAGCCCACAGCUAAACAGCCAGCCUAUAAGCUGGUGCAAAGUUGAAGCAAUGGUGUCCAAGCCUGAUCUGGUGAAUGUAGUGAAACACAUGGCCCCACCUCCCGUUGUUGUUCUCUCCCUUAGCAUGAAGACCAUUCAGAAUGCAAAGACUCAUCAAAAUGAGAUUAUUGCAUUGGCUGCUCUAGUCAAUCACAAAUUCCCGCUGGAUAAGGCCCCUCCACAGCCUCCAUUCCAAACUCAUUUUUGUGUCCUUACUAAGCCUAAUGACUGCAUUUUUCCGUAUGACCAUAAAGAAGUUCUGAAGCGAAAGAAUGUAAAUGUUGAAAUUGCUCUAACCGAAAGGACUCUUCUGGGGUUUUUCCUUGCAAAAAUUCACAAAAUUGAUCCAGAUGUUAUUGUGGGCCAUGACAUAUAUGGUUUUGAUCUCGAGGUGCUGCUCCAAAGGAUUAAUUUAUGUAAAGUUCCAUUUUGGUCAAAGAUUGGUCGACUUAGACGAUCAACCAUGCCAAAACUUGGGGGUCGCAGUGGUUUUGCUGAAAGAAAUGCAGCCUGUGGUCGAAUAAUUUGUGAUAUUCAGAUUUCAGCAAAGGAGUUAAUCCGUUGUAAAAGCUAUCACUUGUCUGAACUAGUCCAUCAUAUACUGAAGACUGAGCGCAUUAUGAUUCCCCCGGAGCAUAUUCGUAAUGCAUACAGUGAUUCCUCUCAACUUCUCUUCAUGCUGGAGAACACCCUCGUAGAUGCCAGGUUCAUAUUGCAGAUCAUGUGCGAGUUGAAUGUUCUUCCUUUGGCCUUACAGAUCACCAAUAUAGCUGGAAACGUCAUGUCAAGGACGCUGAUGGGUGGACGGUCUGAACGAAAUGAAUACCUUCUACUGCAUGCUUUCUAUGAAAAUGACUUUUUAGUACCCGACAAGCAGGUUUUCAAGAAAAGCCAGCCAGUAGUGGUCGAUGAUGAUGAUGACCUGGAUGUAGAUCAAAAUAAAAACAAAAAAGGUCGUCGGAAGGCUGCUUAUGCUGGGGGGUUAGUCCUGGAUCCAAAAGUUGGGUUUUAUGACAAGUUCAUUUUGCUUCUGGAUUUCAACAGCUUGUACCCGUCCAUUAUACAAGAGUAUAACAUCUGUUUCACCACAGUGCAUCGAACAGCUGCGAAUGCUCAGAAUGCAAAAGAGGGUGAGGAUCAAGACGAGAUUCCGGAGCUACCUAAUUCAGAUCUGGAAAUGGGAAUCUUACCUCGUGAGAUCCGCAAACUAGUGGAGAGAAGACGUCACGUCAAGCAAUUGAUGAAACAGCCUGACCUCAAUCCAGACAUGUACCUGCAGUAUGACAUCAGACAGAAGGCUCUGAAGCUGACUGCCAACAGCAUGUAUGGCUGUCUGGGCUUUUCUUACAGCAGAUUCUAUGCCAAGCCUCUUGCUGCUCUUGUCACUCAUCAAGGGCGCGAGAUUCUGCUGCAUACCAAGGAGAUGGUGCAGAAGAUGAAUCUGGAAGUGAUAUAUGGUGACACAGACUCUAUCAUGAUAAACACUAACUGUAACAACCUUGAAGAAGUCUUCAAGUUGGGAAACAAGGUCAAAAGUGAAAUAAAUAAAUCCUACAAGCUGCUGGAGAUUGAUAUUGAUGGCAUCUUUAAGUCACUUUUGCUGUUGAAGAAAAAGAAAUACGCUGCUCUCAUCGUAGAGCCUACAGCCGACGGGAAGUAUGUAACCAAGCAAGAGCUGAAAGGUCUGGACAUAGUCAGAAGGGACUGGUGCGAGCUUGCUAAAAUGGCUGGAAAUUACGUAAUCAGUCAGAUCUUGUCAGACCAGCCCCGAGACACCAUAGUGGAAAACAUUCAGAAAAAGCUCAUGGAGAUUGGAGAAAAUGUGAUCAAUGGCAGCAUUCCCAUUGGCCAGUAUGAGAUUAAUAAGGCCCUAACAAAGGAUCCACAGGACUACCCAGACAAAAAAAGUUUGCCCCAUGUACAUGUUGCCUUAUGGAUAAAUUCCCAGGGAGGAAGAAAGAUGAAGGCUGGGGAUACCAUCUCCUAUGUCAUAUGCCGGGAUGGGUCUAAUCUGAGUGCCAGCCAGAGAGCCUAUGCUCCCGAACAGCUGCAAAAACAAGACAACCUUUCCAUUGACACACAGUACUACCUGUCACAACAAGUUCACCCAGUAGUGUCUCGAAUUUGUGAGCCUAUAGAUGGGAUUGAUUCCGCACUUAUUGCAGCAUGGUUAGGACUUGAUCCAUCUCAGUUUCGGGUUCAGCAGCACUAUCAGAAAGAUGAGGAGAAUGAUGCUUUGCUUGGUGGUCCAGCUCAACUCACUGAUGAAGAGAAGUACAGAGACUGUGAACGGUUUAAGUUCUGUUGCCCGAAGUGUGGAACCGAAAACAUAUAUGACAAUGUCUUUGAUGGAUCGGGACUGCAGAUCGAGCCCAGUUUAUUGAGAUGUAGUAAACCAGAAUGUGAUGCUUCUCCUCUGAAUCAUGUUCCUCAGGUGCAAAAUAAGCUUCUUUUGGAUAUAAGAAGACACAUAAAGAAGUACUACAGUGGCUGGCUUUUGUGUGAAGAACAGACCUGCCAGAACAAGACUCGCCGUCUUCCUUUAAACUUCUCCCGCAAUGGUCCUAUAUGCCAAGCCUGUAUGAAAGCGACUCUAAGACCGGAAUAUCCAGAGAAAGCCCUAUACACCCAGCUGUGUUUCUACCGAUUUAUCUUUGACUGGGAUUAUGCGCUGGAAAAGGUUGUUUCAGAGCAGGAAAAAGGAUACCUGAAGAAGCACUAUCAAGAAGCAGGAGCAGCUUACAAUAAAUUAAAACAUACCAGUGACCAAAUUCUAUCACGUAGUGGAUACUCUGAAGUGAAUCUGAGCAAGCUAUUUCAGACUCUCACUGUAAUCAAAUGUGCUAAGAAUGGCCUUAAUUGAAAUGUUUUCAUUAAAAUGUUUUUAUAUGUUGUGCAUUUCUGUCUGUCAUAUUGUAUUUUCUUUUGUGGACAUCCUCAAAGACCCGAGAGAUAAAAGGACUGCUACAUUAAUUGAAUAAUUUCCAGUGAGCGCGGCUGUAGUGUAAGUGAUCCUAGACAUUACUGUUUAGUAUUUAGUGGAGGUGCUUUCAGCAAACAAGGUUACUGAAGGUCUUGGUAGGAGCACUAAUGUUUUGCCAUUUUACAAUCUAUCAGCUUCUCAUCACAAACAUGGUAAUUAAUAAAAUGACUCAAUAGAGUAGUGUCUAAUAUUUAAUGUUUAAAUAUACAGGUGUAGACUAGACUAGCAGUAAAUUGCGUUCUUGUACAUUCCAUGCGUAUACGAUUUUAUUACAGAUUACAAUUUAUUUCUGUGGUGGUUUAAUAAUUGCAUGUUUGUUUCCACGGAAUGUUCUUUCUUAGUUGAAAUUUUAUGUAACUUGUGCAUCCAAACUAAGACAGGAUGUUAACUUUUCCAGUAU